GCCAUUUUCGACCAUUUAAAUUUUCAAUUGAUGCCGGUCCUGUAGCUGUUUACGAUUUAGAAUUUAUUUUAAUAUAUAUUAUUAUUAGUACAAAUCCGUCAAAAAAUCAAAUAAUAUGCCACCUCCAGCAAAAAAAGAUUGCGGGCUUAUCUUGUUCGAUGUAGCAUCUACGAAGAAAAAUGAACUUCUCAAUGGACUCAUGAAAUUUUGUGUUUAUAAGAGGUAUAUGAGCUCCAGAAGUAUAUACCGCUUGAUUUUGAUAAACUCGGCAGAAACUUCUAACGAUUUUAAGUACCCUCAUAUUUACACAAGUGAAGAAGAAGACUUUGAACCAAAUGCAGUCUUUUCUACGAUAGAAAAUGCCGCACCAGGCGAGUCAAAUUGGUUAGAUGCCUUAUCUUUGGGUGUACAUCAUUUACAACAAGCAAUAGCAAUGAAGGGCCUGGUUACCUUACAGCUAAUAUUAUUUACCACCUUUGAUGUAACAAUACCGUUAAAUUAUGAUACAGCAAAAUUAAAUUCUCUUAUGGAUAAAAUAAAUGAACAUGAUAUAUUUCUCUACAUAAUUGGACCCAACAUAGAACUACCAUAUGUUAUAACUCAUACACAUACUAUACCAAAAUGCAUGAAUGAACUACGAUUGCCUCCUGGUAAUCACAAUUUAUCUAUUGCCAAAAAGAUAGUAACUGGUGUCAAGAAUGGAGUUAUGUGUAAUACUAAAAUUGGUAUCAAUCUUUUGUUUAGUUUCAAACACUCUCCAGGUGGUCUGCCUUGGAGAGUACCAUUAUCAUUUGGAACCAAGUUUUCAAUUCCAGCAACUACUUUUAAAAUAUAUAGGAAUGACCUCCAACUGAGACUCACUUCUUCAGCCUCGAGGAAUUUUAUCAAAACACUUGCAGAAAAUCGAGAUGUUGUAGUUAAUGAAGAUGAACUUGUAAGGGGCAUUACACGACACGGAAAAUUUAUGAUUAUAGACGACAAUAUGUUUAAAUCAGUGACUGACAGAUGUUUCGAUAUUAUCGGAUUCAGUGAUAAAAAAUUUAUACCCGAAACAUACAUAAGGGGAGGCGAGACUUUCUAUGUUGUACCUGAUGAAUAUAGCAAUGAAGCUUUCCAAGCAUUCACCCACUUGGUAAACGUUCUAGCUGAAUCAAAUAAGUAUGGUAUUUGUAAAAGGGCUCACGCGAGAAACAACAAAUUUAAAUUUUAUGCUCUCAUCCCAAAUUUGGACUAUAAGCCAAAAUGCUUCACUAUGACUCUAUUGCCAUAUGGGGAUUAUCUGGCUCCACAUAAGUACGAAGAACCAAAAUUCCCAAAGGAAAAAAUCAAACAAGACGAUUUCAACAAUUUUUUUAAUAGUUUGAUCAUAGAAAAUUCUGGUGCAGUAACAGGGCAAACUCUUGGUCCCACUAUGCUGCUCGAUAUCAACCAACAUAAACUUGUCAGUGCUAUAACUAAAAAGCAUCUGAAUAGAAACGACUUGGAUUUGGAGGCUUUGGAUGUCAAUGAUUUCGAAAAAGCACCAGACAAUAAGUUCAUUGAAGCUCUCAAGAACUCCUGGCCGGCAAGAAAUGAACAGUCUACUCCAAAACAAUAGAUAUUUUAUUUAAUAAGUGGAAUUAUAUAAUAUAAGUAACAUUUUUCUACAUUUCUGUAAGCUUUUCAAAUGAUUUUAAUAUAAAUAAAUUUAUCCCUUUCA